GACCGCAUCUUGGGAGAAGGAUGGCGUGCAUAGCUGAGCACAUCACUGCCUCUUCUUCUCCAGUCGACCAUCCUUCCACCCCAACUCCUUGUCAUUGUCGCCUGUGCAUAAUGCAUCUAUACCACCACUAGACGAGCUGGACUCCACCCCACGGAAGCCCCCACGAGCACCGAGUCGGGCACUCUCGCAAAUGCAACACACGCAUCCUCCUCCUACUCCCACAUGUAAUCUCCAAAGCAUCGUCCCAGACACCCCCGACCUAUCAUGCGCCUUCCCUCACGUCAUGCGCCGGUCGAGGAAAUCACGACCAAUCCCCCCGAUACCCGCCGGCCUGAGCGGUCUGGCGUGCCGCUGAAGGCUCAGAAACUCCUGGGAGAGAAGGGCCAGGGCGGGUUUAACAUUGAGGAAUCCAUCAUCAUCUCGGGCAAUAAUGCACGCGCAACCAGCGGCAUCAUCGCUCCGCCGAAAGCCCAGAGGCUGCUUGGCGAGCGGGUAGGCAUUGGAUAUGCCGACACUGCCGCCCUCGCUCGUGCUCGAGAUGGUGCAAAGAACAGUCGACGAGGCUUGGAUCACAUUUCCGAAGACGACUCAGACACCGCGUCGGGUACCGUACGAUCCACCGAGUAUCUGGCUCCAUCGUCGAGUGCGAGCACCGGGCUCACUGCUGUCUCGCCCCAUCACUUGAUGCAACAACCUUCGAUCGAGUCGUUGAGUCGGCAUCACUAUGAUUCCUCCCAACAGCCUCUGCACGUCUCCCAACAGACAUCGGAAUCCUCGGUGCGAGACAUGGCCCUUCGGAAACCGCCCCUCUUCGAUCCCAUCUACGGGAGCUCCAGCGACUCCACCUUGCUUACGCCAUCUAUCUUGCCCGCUGGCACGCGCAGGCCUCUGGCGAGCAGAACCCCCAGCGACGAGAUCUAUGGCCAGCGAAGAACUGGCAUGCGCUCCUUACUGCCCCAGAGAAAGCUGACUGGUCGAGCUGCAUCGACCAGCAAGUCUCCUCGAACCCCGCCCAGUCCGGCGGGGUUCUCCGAAUACUUCCCAGAAGAGCCGGUGCGCAUGCGAGUGUUACGGAAGGGCUCCCAUUUCCGCGUGGAACCUCGGGCAAGAUCGAAUCUUUCUGGCCGGGCGCCAGUAAACGAUGCUCCUCGCACAUCCAAGCGUGACAGCUUUGAUUCCCCCAAAACCAACAUCUACCGUCCCCCCAAAGGCAUCAAAAAUUGGUUCGAUGGCUUGAACAUUAGUUCCGAUGAUGAUGAGCCGGAGCCGGUUGAGCUUCCGGCUGGAGAGGUACCCCCAAAGGACCCCAAGCUACCGCAACAGCCACUGCCUUCCGUUUUCAGUCUAUAUGCUCCACAAAGCCGAUUUCAAGAAUUGCCCGCUUCUUACCGUGAGACUCCACCACACCUAAAGGCCAGCAAUUAUCCACUUUCGCGGACAUCCAAGGAUACCGCCCGAGAUCGGAAAGGCAGCAAGGACAGUGCAGGCUCACUCGUCGACGGAAGUGUGUCUUCGGGGGCUUUGGACGGCCGGAAACGAAGCGGCGAGAGUAGGCUUGCCAGAUCUAGACUUGGCGCAGAAAGCGUCUUGUCGCUCUCCUCCGGAUCUGAACAGGACAGCCGGCAAACGCUUGCUAAAGUGGACAGUACGGGCAGUGACGCACUCAGGGAUACUAAAGUGCCAUCUGCAGAGCUGCCACGACCCCAGGGUCACGCAUCCGAUCCUGCUCAGUCUACCAGUCUCGAGCACUCUUCAAGUGAUACCAAGAUCGACCCGGCCAACGGGUGCAGCAGUUCUCAAGCCUCCGACCCAUUCCGAGACGGUCAGAGCAGCCAGACGGCGACGCCUCAAAUGACGGUUCGGAGCAGUGGGAGCGCGCUAUCUCCGUCCUCCUCCGCUAUCCGGCGAAAUAUCGCUGCUCUGGUCGGUUCGCGGCAGUACGAAGCGUCAACGCAGAUAUCGUACGAUCGAGAUGGGCUUGAGAGCGGAGAAGAAGAGACGUGCAGUAGCGUGCCGACUGAUGCGUCCCGACUCAUGGCUGUGACCGAAGAGGAGAUGAUGUUGCUGGAGCUCAUGCGCCAGAAGCGCGCGGCGAUGCAGAAAAUGAGUUUCGCAAAGGGCUAUCGUCUUGCGCGACGAGAUCAUGAGCAGCAGCACCACGGCCAUGGUGAAGAUGCGCCGCAUAAUCCGGCCUUGCUGGUUUUCAAGCAACAAGUCGGCAGAAGGACGGGGGGUCGCACACUGAGCAAGACGGAAAGUCUGAUCCGAGAAGAGCUGCAACAGCGAAAACGCAUGAGCGCUCUUCGAAGGGAGGAAGUGGACAAAGCCUUCAAAAUGGGCAGAUUUUUGCAGAUGGAUGGUCUGAAUGGCGACCGAAAUUCGAAGAUGGAUCGUUUCCUCGUUGCCGCGCCCGGACUCGGGAAUGAGUUCGCCGGUCGUCCGAUUUCAGGGACUGAGAUCGAGACUGAUUCCCGUUAUGACGACCACGAGGAGACUCUAUCUGAAUUCGAUGAAGAAGAGGAUGGUGAUCUUGAUGGGCGCCGCGAGUCUGAAGGCUAUCUUUAUUCUGAAGCACCACCUGAGCACGCUGGGAGGCCGAAACCCGUUACCUCACGCGAGACUGCCGGUGCUGGAAUAAGCGCACUGCCGGCCAUACCAAGCGUGUCGCCGAUGCAGAAACUCACCGAUCAAGUUCUCGGACUGCGCACUGAGAGGACUGUGCAUGAAGCUGGCGUUGCCGCACAACGACCUUCUAAUGGACAUGAGGGAAAUGUGCGAAGCGAUACGGAAGCAGAGACUACCGGCGGAGAGACCACCGACGACGAGGUGCACCGCCGCUCAGGUGGCCAAAACUUGGAAGCUCUGCAAACUUAUUCCGAGGAGCAGGCUGCCGAGUACGGCUCGCGGAGCAAGAUCGACAGCCCAGACACACCGGUCGCCACCACCUGGGCGCGGCCUACGAGUCUGAAACAUCCGCGACCCCAGCGACAGCCACCCGUGCUGGACUUCACUCCACUAGAACUGCAACACCUGCAAGGAGCAUCUCCGUCGAUUGCGGACAGCCGACCUUCGUCUCUGAUGCCCACAUUCGAGUCCGACGUACCGUUGGGUUUGAAUCCGAAUGCUCCUAAGGUGCUGGAUGCGGUUGCAGCAAGCGCACGAGGCGACAACGCUUCUCAAUCUGAGGCUCCCGAGCCACUCAAGUCCCAUCCGCCCGGCGCGGAUGCGACCGCCCCGACGCUCAACACGAUUCAAAAGCAACCUGUGCGUAUCACAAGCAUGGCUAGCAUCACCAGUGCGGGUGAAGAUGUGCUCGCAGCCUGGGCGGAGCUAGGCGGAGGAAGUGAUGCGCUCGGGUACCGCAGGAAGAAGAACCGGUAGGUGAGCAGGAGCACUAAUUUCUGCUGACCUUGGCCAUGGUUGUCUGGUGCUGACGAGGAGGUGCACUGGCUCGAUCCAUACAUUUGUUUCCACGUUCGUUUGAAAGAUACCCCGGAGCGUUGGAAAGUUUGCCCGCCUUAGUUUUCUCUAGGGUGGUUUAUUGGUUGGUUUGCGUCCGCUGGCUAUCUUUCAUGGACCAAUGUAAGACUACAUGUAGUUACUUGUAAUUAUUGGAGCUGCGUGCAAGCCUCAUCGAUAUGCAGAGAUGUCAAGUAGUGCCAGCGGUUCAGCAGAUCGUGCUCGCCUCAUGAAUUUUUUCCUGCCGAAAGGGGCAUGGCUUGCCGGGACCCCGGGCAGCUGGAGCGGCGCCGGUUCCUGCCUUCUCUCGCCUCCGACUCCGCC